AUGGCCGACAAUGGAGCAGCUUUGUCCUCGUCGUCGUCGUCGUCAUCCUUAUCAGAAGGCAUGUACGAUGUUUUUCUGAGCUUUAGAGGCGAAGACACAAGAUACAUAUCCUCAGAUUCUCUCUACCGUAAACUCGCCGAAAACGGAAACCUCAAAGUGUUUAGAGAUUGUCCGGGUCUGAAACUAAGUGACCCAAUUAAAUCUACUCUUGUGGAAGCCAUUAAAGGAUCAAGGAUGUUCAUUGUUAUGAUGAGUUCAAACUAUGUGUCUUCCUCGUGGUGCCUCGUGGAGCUAGUGGAGAUACUCAAGUACUCCAACAAUGGAAGAAAUCGCGCCGUUUUUCCAGUUUUUUACCACGUGGAGCCUUCAGAAGUUAGAUAUCAGAAUAGCGUCAAAUCUAAGGAAGCCAUGAGAAAACAUGAAGAGAGAUACGGCAAAGACACUGUGGCAGCGUGGGAGUCGGCUCUAUCUACAAUUUGUGGGCUAUGCGGACAACACAUUGUUAAGAAUAAAGGGUAUGAAACUGAGGUCAUUGACAAGAUUGCUGAACAAGUCUUGGCAAAAAAUCGAGAGAUCAAGCAACUAUUGAAUAGAUUUGAUUCUCAAUUUGAAGCAGUGGAAUCACUUUUGGACCUUAAAUCUCGUAAUACUCUUCGUAUGGUGGGUAUUUACGAAGAAGAUGCUGAAAUAGACAAAACAACAUUCACUUUGGAGCUAUACUAUAAGAUCAAACAUGAGUUCAAAGAGGCAAGUUUUCUUCUCGGUGUAAGUAAAACUUUAGAGGAAAGCGCUGAUGGCCUGAAAAAUCUCCAAAAGGCGAUUCUUUCUGAUAUGGGUGUAGAGGUAAGCACUGUGGAUUGCACAUCUACCGGAUCCUCGGAAAUCAAGCGGAGGUUGCGCCAUAAAAGAGUGCUUUUGGUUCUAAAUGACGUUGAUAGUAAAAUGCAUUUAGAGUUGCUGGCAAGAAGUGGUGAUUUGUUUGGUCCUGGUAGUAGGAUCAUCAUAACAACAGAGGACAAAGAUCUCUUGGAUAAUUAUCCUGUGAUAGAUGGUGUUGAGACUAAGACAUAUUGCAUUCGUGAAUGUGAUGAAUUCGAAGGCAACAAAAGCAGUAAUCAUAUUGUGAAGGAAGAAUAUGUAGUGGGAUUGAAGAAAGAUUUCAAUGAUGUGAUUAAGCAACUCAUGGAAGAAGAUUCCCGUGAUGGGAACAUUGUUUCCAUUGUUGGCAUGGGUGGGAUAGGGAAGACUACACUUGCUCGAAAGAUCUACAAUAGCGAUGAGGUCAAGAAGCUAUUCGCUUGCCGUGCAUGGGCAACUAUUUCCAAGGAUUGCAGAGAGAAGGAGGUUUUUAAAAGUCUUCUCAACUGUCUGAAGUCAUCCACCUCUAAACAUGAAGAUUCAAGUAGUGAAGAGGAGUUAAUGCAGAAGGUGAGGAAAUGUUUGACAGGGAAAAAGUACUUGAUAGUCCUUGAUGAUAUUUGGGACACUAAAGCAUGGGCCACUCUAAAGGGUUGUUUCCCAGAAAACAACGAUGGUGGCAUGAUACUAAUAACAACUCGGAAUGAUCAGGUGGCCUACUUUUUAAGAUCAAAGAAACCUCACCACAAGCUUUCCUUCAUGGAUAAAGAAGAAAGUUGGAAACUGUUUUGCAAUGAAGUGUUUUGCAGAGAAAAAUGUCCUCCCAAGCUAGAACGAAUUGGUAGAUCAAUUGCCAACACUUGCAGCGGUUUACCACUGGCUAUCAAAAUCACAGCUGGGUUUGUAGCAAAAACGAAGAGAUCAGGGGAUGAAUGGAAAAGAAUCAAGAAACUACUCCCUCAUUUGCGUAUUGUUGAAGACAAGGAAUGUAAGAAGAUGAAGGAGAGAUUGAUGCUUAGCUACGAUGAUCUGCCUGAGAACAUCAAGCCAUGCUUCCUAUAUCUUGGAGUUUUUCCCGAAGAUGAUCAGAUUUGUGCGCGAGACUUAAUCCGUCUAUGGAUAACAGAGGGCCUCAUAGAAGAGCCAAUCCAAAGUGGAAGAUCAAAAGCAACACCCGCAGAACUUGAAGAUAUUGGUGAGCAACACUUGAAGGAGCUAGUGGAUCGUAACUUGGUACAAGUGUCUCAGAGAAGGAGUGAUGACAAAGGCGUGAAAACAUGUCAGAUCCACGACCUCAUCCGGGAACUGUGCAUAUCAGAGAGUAAGAACCCUGAUAACAAUAAUAAUAAUGCUCGUAGGUUAUCCUUUCCCAAGGAUAUAGGAUCCUAUGCAUGGGUGGUCACAUCAUAUUCCAAAAGGCUACCGAGUUAUUGUGCUAUAUUUUAA